UCAGUGCAUAAAUCCAUUCAUUCGUUGUUCCCAUCAGCCGGGGAUGCGCAGCGACUGGACAAUCGACAGCGCCCUGACAUCAUCACCACACACACACACACACACACAAUCUCUUUGUCCCUCUCUCGCCUCUCUCCCUGGAUUGCUGUCUCACUUGUCGCACGGCCUUCGCACCGGUCCUCCUCCUUCGUGUUGAGUGAUUGAGGUGAACGCCCACCAGAACAUCCGGCAGCUCGUGACGAUGUCAAGGUUGGCCAUCGCAGCGCACACCUCACGCGCCAACUCAUCGUCAGCCGCAGCCUCACGCUCAGCACACACACUGACACACAGACGCAUCCGUCGAUCUGCCUGAUGAGCUUAGCUUACGUGUCUUCGUGUUGUGGUAUGUUGAUGAGUGUGGUGUGUUGCAGGUCGACCUCCAGCAGACGCCACUCAGACGAAGACAGACGCACUCGACACACACUCACCUGACAAGUCCAUGUAAUACACACGCAUCGAUGUCUCUCUCCUUCGUUCCAUGUGGCCAUGACUUGUGUGUGGGUGGGGGUGAGUCCGGCCAGCUGUGCGAUGGACAGCGGCGCGACACUGGACCAACACAGCCCACCACCGACGUCGACACACAGACUCUCAUCCACGGCUUUGCACGGCAGCCUGCAGAUCACAGACACACAGACACAUAUCAAAUUUCUCUCUCUCUCUCUCUCUCUCUGUGUGUGUGUGUGUGUGAGUGGAUUGACGUCACGUGACAUGCCGUGCGAUGAGUGUGUCUGAGAGCGUUGCGACGGAUCGGCACGAGUCGACGAGCCUCGGCAUCAUGUCGCUCCCACACACCGGCAACUUGAACACACACAACACCUGCACACACACACCCAAUGGCAUCCAUCCAUCCCCCUCUCUCUGUGUCUCUGUCUGAUUGCCCACCUCAGUACUGUUGGUGGGCAGGUCGGCGCCGAUGUGUCCCUGCUGGAUGUCCCGCUCGAGUGCGGGGAAGAGCGUCGUGGGCCGGUGGCGCUUCACCUUGGGGCGGCUGGCCAGCGAGUCAGCUGUGGCAUUGGUGGGCUCGGCGAGGGGCGGGGAGACAUUCGGGUGCAGCAAACUGACGGCCCGCUUCAU